AAGUGUUGCAGAGAGCGCAGAGUCUCCCCAUAUUAAUGAUCCCCCACAUGCUCUCAUAAAUGCGGUUCCUCCUCCUUCUUCCUCCUUCUCCUCUCCUCUUCCUGUUGCUUGGCCUCCAUUUUCAGAGAUCCCAACACCAGAGUUUUCCUUUCUGAUCGGUGAGGUGGCGGCCAUGUUGAGGCUUCCUCUGAACUUGGGGGUGGUGGAGACGAUCUAUGAAGAUGAGGAGGUCUCCAACAACAACUCUCCUCCCUCUCUCUCUCCCACCAACUCUUCUAGUGCUAGUGCGGGACCAAGGAGCACCAUAGUUGCUGCGAGCUCUGCUGUCAACGGCCAGCAGUCUUGUUUCCCUUCACCUUCCCUCAGGAGACGUGUGCAUGCAUGGUGCCAAGCUACUGGACUUCAAACAGACGUGGUCAUUCGAGUGGAGGAUCGAUCCUUCGACCUCCACAAGAGUCUACUGGUGAGGAGAAGCAGCUACAUGAAGCUGCGUCUCUCUGAAGCCAAUCACAUAAUUCUGAAACAAGGCUUGCCAAUUACACCGGAAAUCUUCGACAUGAUUGCCAAUUUCUGUUAUGGAGCAGAAAUCGCCAUAACACCGUUUAACACGGCGGCAUUGGGGUGCGCUGCGAGGUUCUUGGAUAUGACAGAGGAGCAUAAUGGUGGAAAGGCGAACCUCUGCCAAAAGAUUGAGUCGUUUGUUUCCAAGACCGUACUCCCACACAGAGAGAACACAUUGGCAGUCCUCCAUUCAUCAGUUCCUUUGCUUCCUCGAUCUGAAAACUUGGUGAAAAGGUGUUUGGAAGCUUUGACGGCCGCUGAUGACUGUGAUGGAGUUUCAGACUGGAAGGACGACAUCAUCUUCUUGCCCGUCGAUGUGUUCUUCAGGAUGAUGGAGUCUAUGAGAGCUUCAGCCCGCAAUCAUGAUACCGUCUAUACAAUUGUCAAGUUCUACAUCAAGGAGCAUGCUGAGUUAACAGAGGCAGAGAAGAACCAAAUCUAUGGCUUCCUCGACUGCAACAGGGUGUCCUUGGACACUUUGAUCGAACUUGUUAGAAAUCCGGAAGUGCCACUAAGAUUGACAAUCCAUGCCAUGUUCAUCCAGCAAUUGAAGGCAAGAGAGACCAUCCAAAGACUUACAAAUGCAGUGAGGAACAACAACCACAUGGGCAAAGCCUGUACAGAGAAUGUGGGGUUGUCCCUUGGAGAAAUUCUACGCAGAGACGCCACAGUAAGAGAAGCAACGCAACUAAGAGCAGAAAUGGAGGCCACAAGCCUAAGAAUCCGAGACUUGGAAGCAGAUCUCUUGUGCUUGAAGAGAGAAAUUAAAGAACGUGAAAGGCAACCAGAAAACGAUACUGAUAUUUCCAAAUCAGAGAAAUCCCAUGAAAAAAUUUUGCAGGAGAACAAGCCAUUCAGCAAGCUUGUUUUGAAGGGAUUAAAGACCGUAUUAAGGAAAUCUAAGAACGAUUUAGAGUACCAAAGUGCCGAAACUCUUGAAAAUUCUUGGGGGAGCUUCCGACAUGAAAGACACGAAAAAGACUUGAUUAAGGGGCUAACUCAUCGCAGGAGUCACUCAUUUACAUGAAGAGUACAGCAAAUCCGCAUGCACCAGCCUUGUAUCUUUUUCUUUUCUCUUAUUUUCUCCCUCUUCACGCUAACUGAAGAGGUCGAUGUGGUUCCUUAACUUCCUUACUAGAGGUUGAGAUAGAAAUUUGCUAAUGCAA